GAAAAACAAAACCGAUUGUGACUCUCGAGGGUGAGUGGGUGGAGAGAGCUGCAGGCACGGAAACUAACAAGGCGCGUGAAGGGCUCUAAUUGAACUUAAGGACCAAUGGGGCCACCAAGGAGGAAGUGACUGAUUUGGCCGGGUGUCUGAACCGCCUUCUCAAGGAGGCAACUUCUGAGUAAUGCGAGGCUGGAGGGUGGGGUCACCGGAGGGAACCGCGGGGACGCGCUGGCUUCGGACGCGGAGUUGUGGGUCGGGGAGGCGACCCAGAAGCCGAGGCGCAAGGCCGGAGUAUCCUCUAUCUAUCAAUACAGGCUACGUGACUCAGUGGCCUUAAGUCGAGAACCAAACGUCUCCCGCCGGUCAGUCUUUUCCCUUGGGGCAGUUCCAAGGGCGGCGAUCCCGCGCGCAGGAGAGCCGAGCGGAAGGAAGAGCCAAAACCCAGCGGCCGGGACCAGUGGCACGGGGUUAGCAGCCGGGAGAAAGCUGGAGACACCCGCGGACCCAGCAGUUACUCCCGGCAUGCUCCUCCUCCCGGGGCGGAUUUCAAACCCUCGGCAGCCCCACCUUCCCCGCUUCGCCCCCGGCCUGCCCCAGCAACAGGCGGUGGUCCGCUUCUCAUUGGCCAGGUCCUCGCCGUCGUGUUUUGAUUGGCCGCGGAGCCUCCCGGCCCUGCUUCUGCGGCCGCCGCCGACUCCAUUUUGUCGGUAGAGGCAGGAGGAGGAGGUCGGGUUGUAGAAGCUGGAGUGGCCGGCAGCGCGCUCAUCGGUUCUCGUGGGCUUUGUAGGUCCGUGCCUAGUCUCUCCCUGGAAAGGGGGGGGGAGGCUUCGACGUCAAGAGGGAGCCGCUGCCGCCGUAGUUCCGAGCUUGAAGUCGGAAUCUUUACUUUUCUAGCCAGGACUUCUCUCAAACUUGUGUGCUGAGGAGACUCAGAUGUGGGCCUCAGCUCCUAGGGUGAACUCAGCAGAUCGGCCCAUGAAAACUUCUGUAUUGAGACAAAGGAAAGGAUCUGUCAGAAAGCAACACUUGUUAUCUUGGGCUUGGCAGCAAGGAAGAGGACAGGUAUUGGAAAUCCUGCGAUCUGAAAAGCAGACUGAAAGGUGACAAAGAAGCUGAAGAUGGGUGGUGGAGAGAGGUAUAACAUUCCAGCGCCUCAAUCUAGAAAUGUUAGUAAGAACCAACAACAGCUUAACAGACAGAAGACCAAGGAUCAGAAUUCCCAGAUGAAGAUUGUUCAUAAGAAAAAAGAAAGAGGACAUGGUUAUAACUCAUCAGCAGCUGUGUGGCAGGCCAUGCAAAACGGGGGAAAGAACAAAAAUUUUCCAAAUAAUCAAAGUUGGAACUCUAGUUUAUCAGGUCCCAGCUUACUUUUUAAAUCUCAAGCUAAUCAGAACUAUGCUGGUGCCAAAUUUAGUGAGCCGCCAUCACCAAGUGUUCUUCCCAAACCACCAAGCCACUGGGUCCCUGUUUCCUUUAAUCCUUCAGACAAGGAAAUAAUGACAUUUCAACUUAAAACCUUACUUAAAGUACAGGUAUAAAAUAAGACAAAGUACUUACGCUUAAAUUUAGUUAUGUUUAUGGAUAGUUGUCAACUGGUCUGAAACAAAUUCGCCAGGGAGUUAAUCUAUUUGUGUAGAACUGCUAAUUAAUGUAAAAAAUAUAGACUGCAUCUCACGUAUGUGUGUGUGCACUGUGAUGUAAUGGUAGUAUCAGUGCAACUUAAAACUAAAUAAUUGUACUUGAUAUUAAGUGUUCUCAACUGAGUAACUUUUAAGGGGAAACCAGCCAAGUUUAGAUUUGGGGAGUGGUAAAGGAAUCAGCUUUUUCUAUUGUUAGGGGAAGAUAGUAAUUUAUCAUUCAUGGACCAGAUUGUUGUGUUGGUGAAUCAGAUUCAGAAUUAGGUAAAUAUCUGCAAGUUUAGUAUACUGGAAACACCCACAUCAGUAAUAUGCUAACAAUCUGAUGCACUGCUGAAAGAAAAUGUGAAUUUUUCUUAAUAAUUGUAUUUUAGUGAAUUAUACAGUGGGUGGAAAGGGCAUUUGGAGCUCAUUAGAAUUAGACAUAGUACACCCCAAUGGCCCUGUUUAUUAAAUGUAGUGGAUUAAGUGUCUGCCAACAAAUACACCAAAAGCAUUUUUUAACAGUAUUUAAUGGUCACUCAGUAGCUUUCAAAAUACAUUUUUGUAUUACAGCACUGCACAGGCUAUUAUAAUAGUGAUCUGGCCUCAUCAUUCCUGCAAAGCUGGCUUUCGGGAGCUGUAUAAUGUGAAAAUUUUAAGUACCUAGGGGAGAAAGAGCCAUGUAAAUACCUGUAAUGAACUUGUAGCAUAUGUAAAGUUUUCUUGGCCUUUAUCUUACAAAAAUGGGAUAUUUUAGUAUGAAUUUGCUGAAUGUAAGACCGUGGACUGUUUUUUUAUAGUAUGGCCUAGUUUUAAAGGUCGAAAAUAAUUUGUUUUUAAAGUGUGCCCUUGUGCUGAAGUGCCAGUGUAUAUAUAUUAUACUUGAUUUGGUUGUAAACUAUAUUUCAAAGCAAAUCCUAGUGUGAUAAGUUUUAUAACUAAAAAGGUUUAAGCUGCUAAAAUUAUUUUUAAGAGAUGUGAAAUGCAGUAUGGGACUAUUUUUUUUCCUCCUCUAAGCCCAAAGAUUAACUAAAGGGUCCCUCCAACCUUACAGAUUUUUGGCUUUCACAAUUUUCUAACCUAGGAUUACAGGUGGUUUAGAGUAUGGUGCCAGUGGGGUUUGGUUUUUCUUUGGCCAAGGGUGGGUGGCAAUCCAACAGACUACUUACACAAAAGAUGAACUCCUGCACAAUACAUUGAUAACAUGUUUUGCCAACCUUAAGAGUAAAUGCUUAAAUAUAAGUGAAACCAAUAGCAAGUUAAAAAGCAUGUGGGUCAGUUAAAAAAUUUUGUUAAUGCCUUAUUUUCUAAUUGGCACCUCUUUUGAUGCCUAAGGUGUGUUUCUCCAAAUAAAUCAAGAUGAAGUACUGCCCAAGUUAAAUAUUGAUAACCUAAAGACAAAUUUAUGUAUAUAUGAAUUUGAAGCAUAAAAUUAAAUAAAAUUGUUUCCCCCCACUGGUUGGUUUUAUUUUAAA